AUGUCUACCAGUACUUUCUUCUCUAUUGUAGCAGUCGGAUUUCUUCUUAGCUUCAUCGCUGUAGAAUCCGUUGGUGUCUGCUAUGGUCGGCGAGGGAAUAAUCUCCCUCCGCCAAAUGAAGUCGUCGACCUCUACAAAUCCAACAGGAUAGGAGGCAUUCGACUCUACGAUACCAACCACGAUAUCCUCCAAGCGCUUAGAGGCUCUAACAUUCCGGUCAUCCUCGACGUCGUUGAUUCUGAUCUCUCAGCGAUUGCAGCUAAUCCCUCCGCCGCCACCGGAUGGGUUCAAAAUAAUAUUCAAGCUUUUGCCCAAGACGUGAACUUUCGUUACAUAGCUGUCGGCAACGAGCGUAUCCCCGGCGCUCAUCCGGAGAUCGUACUCCCUGCAAUGAAGAAUAUACAAAACGCCUUGCAGGCUGCCGAACUGCAAGGCAGGAUAAAGGUCUCAACUUCGGUAUCCACCGGCGUCUUCGGCGCGUCCUACCCUCCCUCCGCCGGCGCCUUCUCCUCCAACGUCCACGACACUCUGCAACCCAUCGUCUCCUUCCUCGCCAGCAACGGUGCCCCCCUCCUCGCUAAUGUUUAUCCUUACUUCAGUUACCUCGGAAACCCCAACAUCAACCUCAACUACGCACUCUUCACUUCGCCGGGGACGGUGGUCACCGACGGGCCGUUGCAGUAUCAGAAUCUGUUUGAUGCGAUGGUGGACGCAUUUUUCUCGGCGCUGGAGAAGAUGGGCGGUGGCAAUGUCAAACUGGUGGUGUCGGAGACCGGCUGGCCGUCGGAUGGUGGCGGUGUGGCCACACAACAGAACGCGCAGACUUAUCUCUCAAAUCUGAUAAACCAUGUGAAUCAAGGGACGCCCAAGAAGCCGGGAGUUAACAUUGAGACCUACAUAUUCGCCAUUUUUGAUGAGAACAUGAAGCAGCCAGGGGGAACAGAGAACCAUUAUGGGCUGUUUAACGCCAACAAGAGCCCAAAAUAUUCUCUCCACUUCUGA